AUGAAGGUGUCUAUUCCACCACAUGCCAACUUCAGUUACGCUAUAUUUCUACUGACCGGCUUCCCAGGUCUGGAAUGGGCUCAUCACUGGAUUUCAUUGCCCAUACUUAUGGGGUACUUUGUAGCCAUCAUAGGUAAUGCCACUAUCUUGCAUCUGGUUCGAAUAGAACCUUCCCUCCAGCAGCCCAUGUACUACUUCCUGGCCAUCUUGGCCAUGACAGACUUGGGCCUGUGCAUGUCAACGCUGCCUUCUGUGUUGGGGGUGUUAUGGUUUGAUGCCCGGAUGGUGGGUCUGGUGCCAUGUGUGCUCCAGCAGCACUUCCUCCACUCUUUCUCCUUCAUGGACUCAGCAGUGCUCUUUGCUAUGGCUCUGGACCGUCUGGUAGCAAUCCGAUUCCCGCUGCGCUAUGCAUCUGUGCUCACUGGGCCCCGUGUGGCAUUGAUAGGCGUGGUGCUGGGUAUGCGGAGUGCAGCUAUUACAGCCGCACCCUCACUACACCUACUGACAUUUGACUACUGUCACUCUGGUGCUCUCUCCCAUGCCUAUUGUCUUCAUCAGGACAUGAUCCGCCUGGCCUGCUCUGACACACGCUUCAACAGACUCUACGGUCUGUGCAUCAUCAUGCUGGCCAUGGGUUCAGAUGUCCUCUUCAUCCUGCUCUCUUAUGCUGUCAUCCUCCGCACAGUGCUAGCCAUUGCCUCUGCAGGGGAGAGGCUCAAGGCCCUCAACACGUGUGUCUCCCACAUCCUGGCUGUGCUCUGUUUUUAUGUUCCUGUUCUGGGCCUGUCCAUUGUGCAUAGAUUUGGACAGCACACCUCACCCCUGGUGCACAUCCUAAUGGGCACAGUGUCUGUGCUUUUUCCACCAGUGAUGAACCCUGUUAUCUACAGUAUCAAGACCCAACAGAUCCGCAGGGCCAUUGUCAAGGUGAUUUCACUGGGUAAGAUUCAGUAA